AACUGGGAAUGUGGAGAAAUGUGAUUAAUACUGCACACACCCUGGAGGAAGUCACUGCUCUCUGUGAACGUCUUGACUGUGGCUUUGCUGUGGGAAUGGGCAUGUCCAUUUCCGAGCUAGUCUCAGAUGAGUGGGAAAUAAAACGUGAUUGUGCUCAGGCUGCAUCUCUUUUGAGAGAGUGUUUGAGUUUCUCUGUCAUCACAUUUUCACAAAAACCUUGCCUAUUCAGACAACUUAUCUGCUCAGACUCUGUCAGGCUGCUGAAUGGUUCCAGUCUGUGUUCAGGCAGACUGGAGGUGAAGUCUAACCAGAGCUGGUCCUCAGUGUGUGAAGCUGACUUUGACCAGCAGGAUGCAGAGGUGGUCUGUAGGGAGCUCGGCUGUGGGCCUCCUUCGGUCCUCCAGGGGGCGCUCUAUGGAGAAGUGGAGGCUCCAGUGUGGAGCAAAGAGUUCCAGUGUGGAGGCCAUGAGUCUGCUCUCCUGGACUGUAGAAGCUCAGGCUCAGCUCGAAACAGCUGCUCACCUGGCAAAGCUGUUGGACUCACCUGCUCAGAGCCUGAUUAUUUCAGGUUAGUGGGAGGAGCCAAUCGCUGUUCAGGUAUUCUGGAGUUUAAGCUGGGAGUCUGGAGACCGCUCAUUGUUAAAAACCUGGCACCAAAUGAAGCCAGACUUUUCUGUCAAUAUCUGGACUGUGGGUCUGUUGUUUCUUUAAAAAACAAACAUCAACUUGGAUAUGUGUGGGAGAUGAGUUUUGACCGUAUUAAUUCUGGAUCCCCGAGGGACUGUGCAGUAUCACAUAUAUAUUCACAUGCACUGGAUCUAAAAUGCUCAGGUUACAUGACCAUAAAUGGGAAUGUCAGAGGACUUGCGGUAAGUCUGCUGAACACAGCCGGGAAUAUGAAUGGGUUCAAAUGAGGUGAACAGAUCUGAGGAUGAAAUGCAAAAUUAGACACAGUGGACUCAAGUCCUGCCUCUCCCUACGGAUAAAUACUGAGUACAACACAGAAGAACAUCAGAGUUGUCUGUUUAGACAUGGAUCAUCAUCAUCAUCAUCUGCUGUUGCUGCUGCUGCUGUGGAGCUCAGGAGCCCAGGCUGAAGAGAAGUCAACAGAGUCUGAUGAUGUCAGGCUCGUGGGAGGAGCCAGUCGCUGUGCAGGAAUACUGGAGCUGAAACAUCUGGGAGAGUGGAGACCAGUGAAGGGCAAUUCAUGGACCCGGAAGGAAGCAGCUGUUGUCUGCGAACAUCUGGACUGUGGCUUUCCUGUUUCUGUAGGAAGAAGAGAGGAUGCCUCGAGUAGCCCAACAACGUGGUGGAUCAGUCGGGACUGUCUUCUUUCUCGAUCUCUUCUGGGGCAAUGUGCAGUGUCUUGGGAACUGUCUUCUACCAGCGUCUUUGACAUAACCUGUUCAGACUCUGUCAGGCUGCUGAAUGGUUCCAGUCUGUGUUCAGGCAGACUGGAGGUGAAGUCUAACCAGAGCUGGUCCUCAGUGUGUGAAGCUGACUUUGACCAGCAGGAUGCAGAGGUGGUCUGUAGGGAGCUCGGCUGUGGACCUCCUUCGGUCCUCCAGGGGGCGCUCUAUGGAGAAGUGGAGGCUCCAGUGUGGAGCAAAGAGUUCCAGUGUGGAGGCCAUGAGUCUGCUCUCCUGGACUGUAGAAGCUCAGGCUCAGCUAGAAACAGCUGCUCACCUGGCAAAGCUGUUGGACUCACCUGCUCAGAGGGUGAGGAUGUCAGGUUGGUGGGAGGAGCUACCCACUGUACAGGAACGGUGGAGCUGAAAUAUCUGGGAGAAUGGAGACCAGUGGAAGCCAUUGAGUGGACCCGGAAAACAGCUACUGUUGUCUGUGAACAGCUGGACUGUGGUUAUGUUGUUUCUUUAGGAAAAAGGACGGGUGCAUCAAGCAGAUCUGUGUGGAGCAUCAGUGAUAUGUGUACUCAGCUUGGAUCUACUCUGCAAUACUGUGCAUCAGCUUCGUUUUCUAAGUCCAUUUUUGAUGUAACCUGCUCAGACUCUGUCAGGCUGCUGAAUGGUUCCAGUCUGUGUUCAGGCAGACUGGAGGUGAAGUCUAACCAGAGCUGGUCCUCAGUGUGUGAAGCUGACUUUGACCAGCAGGAUGCAGAGGUGGUCUGUAGGGAGCUCGGCUGUGGGCCUCCUUCGGUCCUCCAGGGGGCGCUCUAUGGAGAAGUGGAGGCUCCAGUGUGGAGCAAAGAGUUCCAGUGUGGAGGCCAUGAGUCUGCUCUCCUGGACUGUAGAAGCUCAGGCUCAGCUCGAAACAGCUGCUCACCUGGCAAAGCUGUUGGACUCACCUGCUCAGAUAAUGAUGUUUUCAGGUUGGAGGGAGGAUCCAAUCACUGUGCUGGUACACUGGAGCUGAAACAUCUGGGAGAGUGGAGACCAGUGGAAAUCUAUGAUAGGAUGCCACAGACUGCUGCAAUUGUCUGUGCACAUCUGGAUUGUGGCUCUAUUAUUUCCAUAGAACAAAACCAUGAGUCUUCACAUAGAUUAACGUGGGGAAUCUCAGCUGACUGUGUUCAGGAUGGAUCUUCUCUGAGGCAGUGUGCAAAAUCAGAUCACUCAUCUCUCAUAACAACACUUCACUGUUCAGACUCUGUCAGGCUGCUGAAUGGUUCCAGUCUGUGUUCAGGCAGACUGGAGGUGAAGUCUAACCAGAGCUGGUCCUCAGUGUGUGAAGCUGACUUUGACCAGCAGGAUGCAGAGGUGGUCUGUAGGGAGCUCGGCUGUGGGCCUCCUUCGGUCCUCCAGGGGGCGCUCUAUGGAGAAGUGGAGGCUCCAGUGUGGAGCAAAGAGUUCCAGUGUGGAGGCCAUGAGUCUGCUCUCCUGGACUGUAGAAGCUCAGGCUCAGCUCGAAACAGCUGCUCACCUGGCAAAGCUGUUGGACUCACCUGCUCAGAUGUUGAUCAUGUGAGGUUGGUGAGAGGAACCAGUCAUUGUGCAGGCACACUUGAGCUGAAACAUCUGGGAGAAUGGAGACCAGUGAAGGGCUUUGACUGGACACUGAAGACAGCAGCAGUCUUCUGUGGAUAUCUGGAUUGUGGCUCUGCUGUUUCCAUAGAACAAAACUUGAGCUCUUCAUUUAGAUCUGCUUGGGAAAUCACUGCUGACUGCGUUCAAAAUGGAUCUUCUCUGAGGCAGUGUGCCACAUCAGAUGACUCAAUGUAUUUCGUAAAACUUAACUGUUUAGACUCUGUCAGGCUGCUGAAUGGUUCCAGUCUGUGUUCAGGCAGACUGGAGGUGAAGUCUAACCAGAGCUGGUCCUCAGUGUGUGAAGCUGACUUUGACCAGCAGGAUGCAGAGGUGGUCUGUAGGGAGCUCGGCUGUGGGCCUCCUUCGGUCCUCCAGGGGGCGCUCUAUGGAGAAGUGGAGGCUCCAGUGUGGAGCAAAGAGUUCCAGUGUGGAGGCCAUGAGUCUGCUCUCCUGGACUGUAGAAGCUCAGGCUCAGCUCGAAACAGCUGCUCACCUGGCAAAGCUGUUGGACUCACCUGCUCAGAGCCUUAUGAUUUGAGGUUGGUGGGAGGAGAAAGUCCCUGUGCUGGUACACUGGAGGUGAAAAUGGGCGAAUGGAGACCAGUGUAUGCCCUUCAAUGGACCCUGAAUGAAGCAGCUGUUUUCUGUGAACGUUUGAACUGUGGCUCUGUGCUUUUGAAGCAAGAGAGAAAUCAAACCAAUUCCAGAGGCACCUGGUGGCUCAAAAAUGAUUGUAUAGAGUCUAGUCCUGAUUUAAGGGUGUGCGUAACAUCAGGAAUCACUGACCUCAUCCUGCAUCUUACCUGCUCAGACUCUGUCAGGCUGCUGGAUGGUUCCAGUCUGUGUUCAGGCAGACUGGAGGUGAAGUCUAACCAGAGCUGGUCCUCAGUGUGUGAAGCUGACUUUGACCAGCAGGAUGCAGAGGUGGUCUGUAGGGAGCUCGGCUGUGGGCCUCCUUCGGUCCUCCAGGGGGCACUCUAUGGAGAAGUGGAGGCUCCAGUGUGGAGCAAAGAGUUCCAGUGUGGAGGCCAUGAGUCUGCUCUCCUGGACUGUAGAAGCUCAGGCUCAGCUAGAAACAGCUGCUCACCUGGCAAAGCUGUUGGACUCACCUGCUCAGAGCCUGAUGAUAUCAGGUUGGAGGGAGGAGCCAGUCGCUGUGACGGAAGACUGGAGAUAAAACAUCUGGGAGAGUGGAGACCUGUGGAUGGCUCUGACUGGAUCCUGAAUGAAGCAGCUGUUUUCUGCAAACACUUAAACUGCAGCUCUGUGAUUUCUGUAGAAGCGAGAGAUAACUCCUUUUACAACCAGACAUGGUUUCUCAAUCAAGGCUGUGUUCGGUCUCGAUCUGAUUUAAGGGCGUGUGCAGCAUCAGGAUUCACUUACAGCAUCCUGCAUCUUACCUGCUCAGCCAAGCAGCACACAGGAGGACCCUGAGCUGACUGUGACCUCCAUGUUUGUGCUGCUGAAGAUGACGAAGCUCGGGAAGCAAAGGAAAACCUCAUCUCACGUCUCAAUGAAUUUCUUAGCUGACAAAACCCCCAUUACCUUUAUGUCUGAUAUAAUUAGCAUUUCUGGACUUUAAUUAUUCACAUGAUUCUACAGUUUUCCUGUUUUGUAAUAAGAUGCUUUUGCUGUCUAAGAAAAUAAAUGCUCUGUUGUUGCAGUGAAAAAUGUAUUUUAAUAAGCAAAAUAAAA